CACUGUGCACACUCCAGCUCUGCCGCCGCAGUUACUGAAGAAACUACAUAUCGUUAAAUUAUUACGCAACUCCUCCGUGAAAUCGGUAGUGAACUGUCUCAAAAACUCAUCAUAAUGACCUUCCACGGAAUGCCAACGGUUACUCGGAUCAAGUCCCGACCCCUCGCAGCCGAUUUCAGCACAAGCUUCCUCUUUUUGUUUACUCUUGUUAUGUUCCUGACGUGGACAUGUUAUGGACACGAACCUGGGACAAGUGGACAGUCCAUUAUCCUUUCAUCACUCGCAGCACCAUUAAGGAAAUUGCCCCCGCAAGCACAGCCUUCACGACACACAGCGUUCGUUUUACAUGACAAGAGCCACACAUCGGAAGAUGUCACGGAGGAAACUACAACACCACAGGGCGUAUCAGAAGUGCCACCUCGACGUUGUUGUAGCUUGUGGGCAGCACCAUUCGACGUUCAGUUCUAUGAAUGGGGCGGAUAGAGCUUGGAGCUCUACCUACACGGGUUCCCAUGGAACGUCAGUUGAACUGUAGGUUUGCAAAGCUAGCGCAUCCCGCUGCUGCGCGCUAGCAAUGGUAUCGAAUAUCUGAAAGGAAACUGGCAGGGAUUAGUGAGGAAUAAUUCAAUACAUAAAUAUAGCUUUGACCUAGAUGCAAUAUUUACACCUGUAUGUAUAACUUUAUGAGAAAUUCAUAGAUGGGACAUGUUCAAGAAUUAUAGUGUAAUGUGUAUAUAUAUAUAUAUAUAUAUAUACA